CUCAGGCUGCAAUGCAUGUGCAGCAUUGCACGGCAUUGCACAAAUCUUCCGACCUUCUGUGACGAAGCAGCAUUUCUCUCAACAAGCGAGCGCAGCCAGCAAGUCUUGCGAGCAUUUCUCCAGCGCUGGAGAAACCCCCACAUUCUGCAAAGAAGCCGCGCCACACCCCCAGGCAACAACAUGGUAAUCAAGGGUAGCCUGCCAAUCGCGUCGUCCCCCGCCCCUUCCACUCUCGCCGGUCCCAAGGGUUUGGCAGCAUGGCAGCAGCGGCAAAAGCAGGCUGGAAACUCCUCCACUUCCGCUGAGGGGGGGUCUGACACCAACCCCUUCCUGAGCAUGCUCUCCGGGGGGGCGCUCCAGGCAGGCUUCCAGCACAUCCCGCGCCCCCCCAUGGGGUACACAGAGAAUGGCUCCUGGACGUUCACCCAGUCGGGCAGCGCGUGCCUGGACUUCUUCUUCCAGGUUGUGGCGGACACCCCCCCCGAAAGGGUGCGCCAGCUGCUGGAGGCGGCGUGGAAGGAGGACCCCCUGCUGGCGCUGAAGCUGCUGUUUCAUCUCAGGGGGGUGCGCGGGACGGGCAAGUCCGAGAAGGGGGGCUUCUACACGGGGGGGCUGUGGCUGGUGGAGCAGCACCCGGGGACGCUGCUGGGCAACCUGAGGCAGGUCGGCGUGUUCGGGUACUACAAGGACCUGCUGGAAAUCGUGCUCAGAGUCCUGGAGGGUCCGCAGGAAACGGCCCAGCGUGCGCAGCAGAAGGCAACCCAUGACGCCGCGGUGAAGGCCGGCAAGGCGCGCGCCGCUCGCAAGGAGAGCGGAGCCGGGGUAGGGGGGGCGCUAGACGCUUCUGGGGGGCUCGUUUGGCUGGCGUUGAGGGGGGGGCGGAAGUUGACGAAGGGCGAGGCUGCCCGGGUGGCGAAGCGGGCGGGGACGCUGAAGCCGCGGGAGGAGCGCAUCGCACUGCAGCUGGAGAAGGACAAGGCGGCGAGCGAGCGCGUGCGCAAGGAGCGCGAGUACGAGCUCGCGGCGCGCGCGGUGCGCGUGUACGCUCACAACGGGAGCUACCGCGCGCUGCACGACGCGGUGGCGGACGUGUUCGCGGAGCAGCUGGCGCGGGACGUGGAGAGCCUGCGCUCGGGGCGGCCGUAUGACGUCAGCCUGGCGGCCAAGUGGGCGCCCAGCCCGGACAAGAGCUACGACCGCGCGACGCUCCUCUGCGAGGCGAUCGCGCGGCGGAUGUUCCCCCGGGGGGCGGCCGAGGCGGGGCUGUCGGAGGCGGAGUACGCGGCACGCGCGCGCGACCAGCUGCGGCGCGCGGUGCUGACGCCGCUCCGCGCGGCGCUGGCAGUGCCGGAGGUGCUGUUCGCGGCACAGCGGUGGCAUGAGGUGCAGUACGCGCGCGUGCCGAGCGUGUGCAUGCGCAUGAACAAGGACGUGUUCGUGAAGCACGACAAGGAGCGCUUCGAGGCGUUUCUCGCGGACGUGGCGGCCGGGAAGACCAAGAUCGCGGCGGGGGCGGUGCUGCCGCACGAGGUGCUGCAGGAGGCGGUGACGGGCUCCGGCGCCGGGGCGGAGGUGGCGGAACGGCAGUGGGAGCGGAUCGUGGCGGACCUGAAGCAGAAGGGCAGCCUCGCCAACUGCAUGGCCGUCUGUGAUGUCAGCGGGUCGAUGUACGGAACGCCGAUCCAGGUCGCGAUCGCGCUCGGAAUGCUGGUGGCGGAACUGGCGGAGGCGCCGUGGGGGGGCAAGCUGAUCACGUUCAGCGCAAACCCGCAGAUGCACGAGGUGCGGGGGGGUAGCCUGCGAGAGAAGUACAGCUUUGUGGAGCAGAUGGACUGGGACAUGAACACCGACUUCCAGAAGGUCUUCGACAACAUGCUGGCGCUCGCGCAGGCGACCAACCUCCCGCCGGACGCCAUGUUGCGUCGCCUCUUCGUGUUCAGCGACAUGGAGUUCGACGAAGCGAGCACGCGGCCGUACCAGACGGACUACGCGGAGAUCGAGCGGAAGUUCCGGGAGGCGGGCUACGGAACGCCGCCGGAAAUCGUGUUCUGGAACCUGCGGGACACUUCGAGCACGCCCGUGAUCGCGACGCAGCGCGGGGUGGCCAUGGUGUCCGGGUUCUCGAAGAACAUUCUGAAGCUGUUCCUGGACAACGACGGGGACAUCGAUCCGAUGGUCAUCGUGCGCAAGGCGGUGACGGGGCCAGAGUACGAGAAGCUGACACUGGUGGACUGAGGGUGGUUUAGGAAUUGGGUUGAGAUGAUUACGGGCAAGAUCGGAAUGAUCUAACUUUGAUUGACAGUGUACUGUGGAAAAAAAGGAGCGAGAAUCUAAGUGGAAGUUUCUCUGAAAGCUGUUGCAUAACAUUAAUACAGCCGAUCUAGUUGUUUUCUAGCGAGUAUACAGCACGGAUGACGCGGGCCGAAUCAGAACGAGUGUUGAAGCUGCUUUGAUAAUCAUCAAAUUGUAAGAACUGACGUGUAACCAGGCGAGGGGCCGAUUGACGCAGCCCACUAUGUACAGGACAACUCAUGAAUUUUUUGGAAAGUCAGAUGUAAUAAUAUCUCUUGCUCAGUGAAUCGAACUCCAAAAAAAUUCUCAUCGAGAAGCUCAGCGCUCGAUAGC